GCAAGCAGCAGCUGCCGCCUUCUUUGCCCUCCUGGCAAGUUGGUCGCUCUGCCCUCGCUUGGAUCAGCCAGCCAAAGUCUCCUAACAUCGCGCCUUGGCCGUCGCUCCUCGUUCAGGUUAUUUUAAAUAUCAUCAUCAUCAUCAUCAUCAUCAUCUGUUUGUUGCAACUCGAGGUUGCCUAGGCCAUGGAAGAUUCCUCAGGUGCACCUGAAAAUGAUGCCAAGUUACAAGAAGAUCAAGUGGUGACCGAAGAAGAGUGGCUGCAGAAAUGGCAAAAAAAUAAUAUUGGAUUUCACAAUAAACAAGGACAUCCUCUCCUAAGGAAGUAUCUGGAUCUUCUUCUCAGUGGCAGGAGUGGAUUGAAGAUAUUUUUUCCACUUUGUGGCAAAACGAUUGAAAUGAAAUGGUUAGCUGACAUGGGGCAUCAUGUGGUUGGUGUGGAAAUCAGCGAAAAUGCACUGAAGGAGUUUUUCACCGAACAAAACCUUCCCUUUUCAGAAGAAACCAUUCCAGAGAUCCCUGGAGCUAAAUUAUUUAAGAGCACAUCUGGGAAUAUUUCUUUGUACUGUUGCAGUAUCUAUGAUUUGACCAGCGCAGUUACUGGCAAGUUUGAUGGAAUUUGGGACCGGGGCGCUCUAGUAGCUGUCAACCCUUGUGAGAGAGAACGUUAUGCCCAUUUGAUAGCAUCACUAAUGAACAAAAAGUGUUGUCUUCUAGUUACCUGUUCAUAUGAUGCAAGCAAACAUAAAGGUCCACCCUUCUAUAUUUCUGAUUGUGAAGUGCAAAGACUAUUUGGCAAUUACUGCGAUAUUAAGUGCCUUGAGAAAAUUGAUGGCUUUUUAGAGCGACAUAAGAAGUGGGGUAUAGAUUAUCUAUGGGAGGUCAUCUACAUGCUCAUGUUAAAAUAGUCAAGAUGACACCGAGAGUCUUAAACACACCAAGGGGAUGCCAGUUUGAUUGCAGAACAUUUCAGUAUCUUGCACAUUCAGAAUAGACAUUUGAUUUGACCUCUAAUAUUUGUAUUUAAAAUUUUCUGUGAAUUUCCACAUAAAAUAUACUUUA